AUGGUGCAGAGAACCUCAAGCUCGGAUAUUAUGCAGAACAAAGAAACUUUAAGGACCAAAUUUGAAGAGCUUCUGCAAGUUGAAGUUCCAAAACAUCAGCAAACGACAUUUAUUAAAUUCACCGCGGCAUCUCAAAAGGAAUUGAAAUUGGGUUUUAUCGAAGGCACUGAAGACACCACAAUGGCAGCUAAAUCAACUUUAGAAGGACUGGAUCAAACUUUCCAGGCUGGUGUAGAAGCAGAGUUUAAGUUAUGUCCAAAGAAAUCUGGAGGAGAGAUAAGUAACCAAGCUGAUGUUAAAGGUCGAUUUGAAUUGCUGAUUAAACCCGUCAAGGAUAUUACAGACGUGAUUGUUGAAGAGAAAGAAAAUGGCAAUCUUAGGUUGAAGUUUAAUCCCAAAGUACCAGGGGCCUACAACAUUGAAGUGAAGAUUAAUGGCGAUAAACUACCGACCUGUGAACUUUUUGUGAUCAGUGAGUUGAAGUUAAAGCUCUUUCCAGGGGACAAGUUUGAACGGUUAUAUGGCAUUGCUGUGAAUACAGAAGGCCAGAUAGUUGUGACAGAUAACUUUGGCCACUGUGUUUAUGUUUUUGAUAAAGAUGGCAACUGUUUGAGAAAAACUGGAAGCGAGGGUAGCAAUACAGGACAAUUUCAGUACCCUCAUGGCAUUUCGUUUUUUAAUGACAACGAAGUCCUAAUUGCAGACCUAGGGAAUUGCAGAAUACAACGACUUAAUAUUCAGACAGGAACUGUAGUGAAAAGUUUUGUAAAAUUCGGUAAAGAGAAAGGAGAGUUAGGUAAUCCAGUAGACGUUACUGUGGAUGAUAUAGAGCGUAUUAUUGUAACCGAGAGAGAAAAUAAUAGGAUACAGGUAAUGUCAAAGGAAGGAGAGUCUAUUUUCACAUUUGGAGACAAAGGUCCAGAGAAACUUCAUGGUCCAAGCUACUGUGUUCUUCACAAAAACAUGUUUCUCGUAUCUGAUAAAGGAAAGCACUGCAUAAAAGCUUUUGAUCAGUCAGGAACAUUCUUAUACAAGUUUGGCAAAAAAGGGAAUCAAGAUGGACAAUUUAACUUGCCGCGUGGUUUACUUGUAGACAGCUCCAAUAAUCUUCUAGUAUGUGACACUGACAAUUACCGAGUUCCACAGUUUUCUUUAGACGGUCGCUUCACCGGCAAAAGUAUCACUCGAUUAUCUAAGCCUAUGGCGAUAACAAAAGCACCAGACGGGCGUAUUCUUGUUACUAGCCAUGAUCAGAAAAAAGUGUACAUUUUGAAAUAGACUCUUUCAAAAGUGAACUUUGCUUCUUGAACCGCUCUUUACCUGUGUUUUGUUUUAUUUUUAAUGCUGUUUUAUCACUUGUCUGGAAGAACUCUUAGAUAAUAUCAAGACUUACAAUUACACUUGGAGACAAAAACCUUUUGACUUGAAGUAGUUCAAGCCGCUUUAAUCUUCUCCAUCCGUCGUCACUUGGUCAUCCAUGUUUCUUCUCGGUUUAUUAAUAUCCUCUUUAAUUGCUAUUUCUCUGAUCUGAAGUUUUAUUUGGUUUUUUUUUUUAAGGUCAAGGUAUUUCUGUGCAUCGUCGACAGCGAUUUGAAUAAUCUAAACUAAGAAAUUUGAGAGAGAGUCCUCAAAAAUAUCUCGGGUAACAGAAAAACUACAAGCUGUAUAUAAACAUUCAACAACUUCGACUAUUUUAUAGGCUGAGAAUAUAUGAGUAGAACACGUUAAGACCAUGUGCUGCUUUUGGCAAUCAUUGAUUGGUCAGGACCGAUUAAGUGCAGGUUUUUCAAUCUAAGAAAAUAUAUCUUUAAGUAAGCUUUAAUUCAAGAACAAUUUACGAUUGCAUAAUUUCACAUGUAUGAGUAAUAAACAAGCACAAGAAAUAAGGUGACAACUGUUUCAAAUAAUGGGCAUCUACUGGGUAAUUACGUCAUAAUUAUAGGUGGUUACUGAUUUUCUAACUAAGCUGAAGUGCUAGCUUUAAACUGCUUUGAAAAAUAGUCCCAGGUUUUGUUGCAGAUAAUAAAACGAGAAAAAUUAGAAAUUCAUUGAAUAAAUGAGAUUUGAAAGUUUUAUCUAGUUUAUUUUUAUGAAUGAUUAGAAAAUAACUUUCAAUAUUAAAUAUAGGUAACAUUUUGAAAUAAAGUUAUUUAAAAAUUUCAUUGGAUACAUCUUCUAAAAAAUUGCAAAAUCAUCAGCAGCUUGGUUUCCCCGGAAAAUAAAAUAAUAAUUUGUCUACGUUUACAAAUAUACAUGAAUAACUAUUGCGGACCUAUUUCUGCUGCAAACCUUUGGGUCCGUUUGGAGAAAUGGAAAGCAUCCGCAGUUAAGACAACUGAGGAUGAUCCUCUUUUGGUUGAGAUGUACGUCGAAUGUGUGAAAGUGUAACGAGUUCGUUUUCAUAUAAACUCACCCACUUCCCGCCUUAAACGGGAAGCGAAAUAGACUUGCGGCAUGUGGCUAAUUUACGUGCCUUCCUGUCUGACCUGAAGAUUUUAGUACAAACUCUAAUCCGCUCCCGAUUUCCGGUGUUAUCAUGGCCAAUUUACAUUAUCAACGCAGUUGACAAGAAAAAAUCAUUUUGAUACUCUGUCCAUUAAAAUUAUCAAGUAGGAUUUUUUUUUAAACUGAAAAGAAAAAUUGAAGCUUUGGUCGUGCUUUUUUUCGUUAAGGACCUUAAUGAUUCGACAGUUAAUCAAAUUCCAGGAAUUGCCGCCUUUAACGGGGAGCCAAAUAAACAAGCGGCAUGUGGCUAAUUUGUAUAAAUCAGCUUGCGUGCCUUCCUGUCUGACCUGAAGAUUGAAAUACAAACUCUAAUCCGCUCACGAUUUCCGGUGUUAUCAUGGCUAAUUUACAUUAUCAACUCAGUUGACAAGAACAAAUCAUUUUGAUACUCUGUCCAUUAAAAUUAUCAAGUAGGAUUUCCAUUUUCAACUGAAAAGAAUAAAUUGAAGUUUUUGUCUUUCUUUUUUUUUUUCUUUAAGAACCUUAAUGAUUCGACCGUUGAUCAAAUUCUAGAAUAUUUAGAAGCAUGCGUUAAAAAAAAGGAUAAACAGAUAAACAGUUGCAUGUCACAAACGGAAGAGGUCAUGGCAGAUUUCCGUUCUGUUUUCUCGGAAAUCUAAAUAUAGUAUUAAAAGGCAGCUUUCUAGUUUUUCAAAAGAAAAUAAUUCAUUUGCUGUUUACCUUAUCUGAACGAUUUCCUCGAAAACAUUAGCGUCUUGUCUACUCUUUUAAAUUUCUCUAGGAAUGACUAGUCCAUGCAUGAUAGACUCAAUAUAGGAUAGAAGGGAAUAGAGUCGAAUGUCUCGCCAGGUAAAGCAAAAAACGAAUUUUGGUCAAAGUUGUUGAAGACGUUGUGAGACAAAUUCCCUUUCAUGCUUUCAUGAGCGAUGGAUGCUUGCCACAGACGAAGGAAGGAGGGGGAGGGGGUGGGGAGAGAAGGACUGACCACAUUUUAAAGAAAUACAAAGGCCAACACAUUUCUAAAAUGAGCCGUUUAUACGCGUUUUGCAAUUUUCAGACCCUCGACGUUCCUCAUCUAAAUAUUUUCCUCCCAUAACGCCCCCAAGGCUUUCCCUCCAGCUACAAUCCAUGAAUUCUUUCGUUGCAACGAAGUCGACUGAGCCAAGGAACGUGACUGGCCAGAAAUAGAUCCAAUUAAAUGAAUAAUGUCUUCUUUUCUAGGAAUCUGAAGCAAAGGCGAAGUGUUUAAAUUGUUUGUAAGGAUUAUCCAUCCUUAUGUGGAGUUACCUGCAAAACUUUCUUUCCUCGAAAUGCGCAUCGAUAACAGUUUAAGAACUUCUGGUGCGACUAGAAUCAAUUUCGUUCUAUAAUAAAUUGAGUGCACGAAGCUUCGUUUGCUGCGUUUUUCCAAACCAUAUUUAGUCAAAUUUUUGUCUUUAAUUGCCUAUAUUUCAAGCAACUUUAAUUACCCUGGGUUCAGUUGUCUAAAAUCGAGGCUUCAUCUCAGGCAACAACGUCUUUUUAUCAUUACAAAAAAGUCAGCUUAGUCCUGAAGUGCAAUCGGCCAGAGGAAGUCAGCUGUCAUAGACUUUGCGCUGUUUUCUCCGAAACUGAAACAAUAUCUCGGAUUUCGUAUGAAUGUUUUGAUAGGGCUCGUCCCUUUAAUAUAAGUAACACAUCAGUUAACUACAGUUUAAGGCGAUCAUCAUGAAUCCUCUCUUGAAGAGUCUCAAGAAACAAGUUACUUGCUCGAUUUGUCUCGAUACCUACACCGAGCCCAAAACCAUAUCAUGUCUUCACACAUUUUGCUGUGAGUGUUUACAGAGACAUGCAAUAGAGAACCAGAGACAAGAGAAAUUCCGAUGCCCCGAGUGUCAGGCAGAAAUCGAUUUACCACAAGGAAAUUGCUUCGACCGCUUGCCUAGCAGCUUUUUCCACAAAAGUCUGUUAGGUGUCCUUCUUCAAGCGGAAGAUUGCGAAGCCAUUGCGAGGCAACAACUGGACACUUGCUCGCAACAUACGGAAGAAAGACUACGAUAUUACUGCUCCUCGUGUGAAGCGUGUAUUUGUCCGCUUUGCGUCACCGAAGACCACCGAGGCCAUGCGUUUGAAAUGCUUGAAAAAGCAGUGCAAGAGGAUAAGAAAAACAUUAUGUCGACUGUCGAGACCAUCAAGGAAAAGGUAAACUUGUUUCGAGCACAGUUAGAAAAAACAUCAGAGGAUGUGGAAAUGAUUAUCGCAAUCGCUAAACAGGAAGUGUCGGAGGCAACUGAACACGUGAUCACAAAGACGAGACAGCAAGAAAAACAGCUCUUAGAGUCCUUAGAAAUAACAUGUAAAAGAAGUGAUCUCAAAGAUCAACUCGAAUUGCUAAUAACACCCGCCAAAGAUGUGACGAAUGUGACUGUUGAUGAGAAAUAUGACGGUAACGUUAGGCUGAAGUUUACUCCCAAAGUACCUGGGGCCUACAGCACUGAGGUGAAGAUUAAUGGCGAUAAACUACCGACCUGUCCUAUCACUGUGCAGGUUAAAGAACGUCAACUUGUCGUGGUCGGUGAGUUGAAGUUAAAGUUCUUUCCAGGGCACACGCUUGAACGGUUAUAUGGAGUUGUUGUGAAUACAGAAGGCCAGAUAGUUGUGACAGAUAACCUUGGCAACUGCGUAUAUGUUUUUGAUAAAGAUGGCAACUGUAUGAGAAAAAUCGGAAGCAAGCGUAGCCAUACAGGACAAUUUCAGUUUCCUAAUGGCAUUUCGUUUUUAAAUGACAACGAAGUCCUAAUUGUAGACUUAGGCAAUUGCAGAAUACAACGAGUUAAUAUUCAGACAGGAACUGUAGUGAAAAGUUUUGGAAAAGAAGGCAGACAAAAAGGAGAGUUUAGCGGGCCAGUAGACGUUACUGUGGAUGAUGACGAACGCAUUGUUGUAACCGAGUGGGGCAAUAAUAGGAUACAGGUGAUGUCAAAGGAGGCAGAGUCUAUUUUCACAUUUGGAGACAAAGGCCCAGAGAAACUUCAUUAUCCAAGCUGCUGCAUUCCUUAUAAAAAGAUGUUUCUCGUAUCUGAUGCAGGCAACCACUGUAUAAAAGCUUUUGAUCAGUCAGGAACAUUCUUAUACAAGUUUGGUAAAAAAGGGCAUCUAGAUGGGGAAUUUAAAAUGCCGCAUGGUUUGCUUGUAGACAGCUCCGAAAAUCUUCUAGUAUGUGACUCUGGCAAUAAUCGAGUUCAGCAGUUUUCUUUAGACGGUCGCUUCGCCGGCAAAAGUAUCACUCGUUUAUCAGACCCCACUUCGAUAACAAAAGUACCAGACGGGCGUAUUCUUGUUACUAGCUUUGAUGAGAAAAAAGUGUACAUUUUGAAAUAG